ACUCACCUGAGCUGUGUUCCCUCGCAGGUAAACGGCCAGCGGACGACAUGGAGGAAGAGCACGUCUUCAAACGUUCUCGCAACGCAGACGAGAUGGUGGAGCUGCGAGUUCUUCUGCAGAGCAAAAAUGCUGGUGCUGUUAUCGGAAAGGGUGGCAAGAACAUAAAAGCCCUGCGCACUGACUUCAAUGCCAGUGUUUCAGUCCCAGACAGCAGUGGCCCAGAGCGGUAUGUCCCACCAGUUAUUGCCUCACUGCCUUACCAGCAUUACAGUGGGACAGAUUUUGACUCGGAGCUUCGCCUGCUGAUCCACCAGAGCCUGGCGGGCGGGAUCAUCGGGGUGAAAGGAGCCAAGAUUAAGGAGCUGAGAGAGAACACCCAGACCACCAUCAAGCUGUUCCAGGAAUGCUGUCCUCACUCCACCGACAGAGUGGUUUUGGUCGGAGGGAAACCAGAGCGAGUCGUCGAGUGUAUAAAAGUUAUCCUGGAGCUGGUGGCCGAGGCGCCUAUCAAAGGCCGAGCGCAGCCUUACGACCCGAACUUCUACAACGAGACGUACGACUACGGCGGCUUCACCGUUGUUUUCGAGGAGCGAGGCAGACGACCAAUCGGAGGAGGGGGUUUCCCCAUGAGGGUUCGAGGGGGCUUUGAUCACAUGCCUCCCCCCUCCAGAGGCAGCAGGCCGAUGCCCCCCUCCUCCAGACGGGACUAUGAUGACAUCAGCCCGCGACGGGGUCCUCCUCCUCCUCCAUUGAACAGAGGAGGAGGAAGAGGAGGGAGCCGAGCGAGAAAUCUGCCUCUUCCUCCUCCACCGCUGCCAAGAGGAGGGGGGGACAGAUUCUCUCAUGGCAGUUAUCACGGCGGCAUGGACGACAGACAGAGUGACAGAAGAGGCCGAGGAGGAGACCGUUUCGACAGCAUGGGAGGAGGAGGAUAUGACAAGGAACACUCAGAAGACAACAACUCCUCCUGGGAGCACUUCCAGUCUGGCGGCAGAGGCUCGUACAGCGACAUCGGAGGCCCAGUCAUCACAACACAAGUCACCAUCCCAAAAGACCUGGCGGGCUCCAUCAUCGGGAAGGGGGGCCAGAGGAUCAAACAGAUCCGCCACGAGUCCGGAGCCUCCAUCAAGAUUGAUGAGCCACUAGAGGGCUCCGAGGACCGAAUCAUCACCAUCACGGGCACACAGGACCAGAUCCAGAACGCCCAGUACCUGCUGCAGAACAGUGUGAGGCAGUACUCUGGUCGCUUCUUCUAGAAAAAGGAGAGCGAUAAAGAAGAAGAGAGAAGCCAUGCCGCCAUACUGUUUCCUCCUCUUCCUCCUCAGAGCCGACAUUCCCCUGCUUCUCCUCCCCUUUUUCUUUCUCACAAAACACAACGAUUUUCAUUUGAAUCUCAAAUCUGUCGGACAGAUUCUCGUGGAGUGAACUCAUCUGUGUUUUUCUGCUUUAUUUCAGUGCAGCAUGCAGAAUGUAAUCUCUUUGUAAAGACAUUUUGUUUCUUCCCCUCCUUAAAACCUUUAAGCACACUUUCAAAAGCUGCAUGGUGUCAGAAUGGUGAAGUACCAUUAAAAUAAACUUUGAUUUUUACUCAAUUUCAGCAUACUUUUAAAGUGCUUUUUUGUAAGAGGGGGCUUUAUUGAAGUAGUUUGACAUUUCCUUCUUGCAAGAGCUUGGUUGGUUCUUAUGUGUGUAUGAAAAAUAAAUCCUACUUAAAGAGGCCCUAUUUUGGUUUUGGGGUUUUCCCAAAUAGAUGUCCUACUUUUGCUUUAAGUUGGGAUAAAUGUGCCAGUGUGAUGAAGCAAAAAUAGACGCUGUAUAAAGUGUGUGUAUAUAUUUACAUGAAGUAAACAUUAGUGUCAUGAGUGCUGACGUUAAAUAGGCCCUACUUUCUUGGAAGGAGAUUGCGUCAUCAAUCAGGUUAGGUCAUCUUUUUUUAAAUGUCUUUUCUGCCGCUCAUGACUGGCUGUGAUUCAACCUUAACAUCUGAUCUGUUUGAUCCAUGAGUGUGUUUAAUUUUGAAGCAUUUUUAAAGUGUGUUUCGGAGCAUACAGAGUCCAUGUUGGUUGUCCUGUUACCUCCUGCAGGAGUUUAGUAAAUAAAGUCUGUCACAGUUC